AUGUUAUGGAACCGGCUGGGACAUCCUCUUCCCUCCUUUGCUAGGCGAGGAUUGACCAGACCACUUCGGUACAAUGGAAUAGUUCUGCAAGCCACAGGUCAGCGGUUCAAUUCCUCAAACCCGCAAAACACAGGUCAAUACACGCCCGAUCCCACCGACCAAAAUGAAUCGGAAGAGGGUCAGGGCAAGGGUCGCAAGAACGAUUCAGACCCCAAUUUGAAAAGUACAAUCUUGAAGAUGCUUGAGACCGCCGCAACAACCGCCGCUUCGAUUGCUAUCCUAGGUGCGGCGGGAUAUUCCUAUCACCAGUACUACAAGUACCUGAUCUUGGAUAAAAUGGACAACGCGUUCAAGCCAGGUGAUCCUGCUCUUGAGAUCGCAGGUGUAGUGUCGGGAAAACACCACUAUCGUGAUGAAGAGCAUUGGGUUGUUCGGGACGAGCAGCCUCGAAUUGACGACAUUGUGGCGGGACGACGUGGUGGUCAUUACUAUCUAAUUAUUGGUGAAAAGGGCACUGGAAAGACAUCAAUGCUCCUGGAAGCUAUGCGUAAGAUUGAUGGUAACAGCUGCGCUAUGUUUGAGGCCCAUGCGGAUCUGGAAAUCUUCCGGAUUCGGCUUGGAAAAGCUCUUGACUACGAGUUCCACGAGGAUUACAUCGGCAGCUUGUUCAGCAUCCGCGGCCCGCGAGACACCACCCCGUUGUUGGAUAUCGAGCGGGCCUUCAACAAACUGGAGAAAGUCGCGUUGAAAAGAAGACAGGGAGGCUCUCCUCCGCUUGUUCUCAUUGUCAAUAGCACUCACCUUGUCCGAGAUGAUCACGAUGGGCAAGACUUGCUUGAGAUGAUCCAGCAGCGCGCUGAGCAGUGGGCUGCAAGUGGGCUGGUUACAACCAUUCUCAACAGUGAUGACUACUGGGUAUAUGAGCGUCUGAAGCGCUACGCGACCCGUAUGGAGGUCAUUGCAGUUUCGGACCUUCCUAAAGACAAGGCAAUGACCGCGCUCUGGAAAUACCGCAAGCAGUUCUGCCAUGAGGAUCUGCCCGGUUCGGUUCUCGAGCACGUGUACGACAAAGUUGGUGGUCGCCUCUCCUUCUUGAAUCGCGUUGCCAAAUCCCAGGAUGUUUUGAAGACUUGCAAUGAGAUCUGUCAGGCCGAGAAGACCUGGUUUCUCAACAAAUGUUGGAUUCUGGGUAUGGAGAUGGAUGAUGAUGUGAUGGACGAGCAGAAGUAUUCAUCUGCUGCCAUGGUUCUAGCCAAAGCCCUCGUGGACCUUGAGAAGGACAUGGAGAAGAGUUACGACCCACACAAGGGCCACAUUCUGCCCGAGAUCCCUCUCCACAAAGCACGCGAGAUCAUGACUCGUGCCGAUUUCGUCCAGUCCUACGAUCACGAGAACAUCUUCACCAUCGAUUCACGAGCCAUGGUGCGCGCCGACUCUGUCCCCAUGCAGCAGGCCUUCCGAGAAAUCUGUGCCAUGGAAGGAUUUGACAAGCACCUGGAGGACACUCUGGAGCGCAUUGGUGACAUUGAGAGUCUCGGUCGCACGCGUGAACUGACAAUCAAGGAUCUCUGGGACAAUGGUAAGUACCGGAUCGUGGUCCGGGAUACUAAGGGACGCGAAAGUGGAACUGUGGAAUUUGCAGUUGCCGAACGCGAAGGGGAGGAUGAAGAUUAA